ACGUAUACGGUCCAGUUUGCUCUCGACUCAACCAACAUGUUCGCAAAUAAAGUGGUACUAGUGACGGGCGGUAGCUCCGGUAUCGGCGCAGCUACUGUAGAAGCAUUCGCUAAGGAAGGCGCUUCUGUCGCCUUCGUGGGAAGAAACGAAGCCAAGCUGAAGGAAGUAGAGAACCGCUGCAAGCAGCAUGGAGCCAACGUCCUGGUAAUCAAAGCAGAUGUCUCUAAAGACGAGGAAGCGAAAACCAUAGUACAACAAACUAUCGACAAGUUCGGGAAACUUGAUGUACUUGUCAACAACGCUGGGAUUCUACGGUUUGCUAGUGUAUUACAACCGCACAUAUUGCAGACUUUUGACGACAUUAUAAACACAAACUUACGAUCUGUUAUCCUUAUUACUAACCUGGCCAUACCUCAUUUAAUAGCCACGAAAGGCAACGUAAUAAACGUUUCAAGUGUUAUGUCAUCAUCAGUCAAACUGCCAGGGAUGAUGCCGUACAGCAUUUCCAAGGCAGGUAUGGACCAUUUCACAAGAUUCUCUGCGUUAGAACUAGCUCCUUCUGGAGUCCGAGUGAACUCUGUCAACCCUGGACCAGUUAUAACUGACAUCACAGCUAGUUCUGGUAUUCCAGCAGAAAAAAUUAAAGAAACAGGAGAAAACACACCUCUAGGAAGAUCCUCAGACGCUGAUGAGAUUGGUGACAUAAUUCUGUACCUAGCCAGUGAUAAGGCUAGGAGUAUCACCGGGUCCUGCUAUGUUAUUGACAAUGGAUAUUUGUUACAAUAGAGGUAGAAUGUAAUAUUUAUAACUGAAGACAUUGAGAAUGCAAAGAAUUGUAAUGAAAUAUAAGUAAAGUAUUUUUAUGGACUUAUUGAAUGGUGUUAUGAGUGCAAAAUGUCAUUUGAAUACAAAUGAUUUCCAAGCAUUAUUUUGUUUUUCUAUUGUAUGAACGUAAAAUGUACAUUGUACAGCAG